AUUGGCAAGGUUCUGCUUUUUGGAGAUGGGGAGAUGCAUAUAAAUUUAAAAGGGUUGGAAGCAGCACCAUCGCCCUUGUUUUCACCAUCACUUCUGGUAUUCCAACCACCAUUCGAAAGCACCGUAUUCAAGCACCAUGACGUUCCUUCACAUUCGUCUCACCCUCGCGUCGAUCGCCACUACCAUCAUCUCCCUUUUUGUCUGGAUCAACCUCUUCCUCGCAACCGGUGUCUCCCGUCUUCUUGCUUGGGCAGCCAACCAAGGCUGGUACCCUUGGCUCCCUUCCAAGAGCACCAAACCGCAGAGCGCCCGACCGCGGGUAGCCAUCAUUGGUGCGGGCGUAACGGGAGUGUCAGCCGGUGCAGCCUGCAUACGAUCCUCUGUUGAAUGUACCAUAUAUGAAAAAGGAGACCAAGUCGGCGGUGUAUGGGCCAGAGUGAACAAGACAAGUGCCUUACAGUUUCAAGCCCUAUUCUAUAGAUUUCAUCCUGCUGUGAGAUUCCGAACCCAAUUUCCAUCCAGGGAUGAGAUUUUGGUGGAAUUGAGAAGGAUUUGGGAAAUGUAUGAUUUACCCUCCCGCACUCGGUUCAAUACUCCUGUUACAUCGGUCACUUACGAUGCAAUCACCCAAACCUACACCGUCAAUGGGACGGACGAGUACGACGCUGUUAUAUCUGCGGUUGGUACCUGCGGGGACAUUCUUAUUCCCCCGUUUAAGGGCCUGGACGAUUUCGCUGGCCUCAAAGCCCAUUCAUCACAGAUGGACAAGGUUGAUUUGGACUUGAACCGUGGUAAACGGAUUGUAGUUGUCGGCAGUGGCGCCAGUGCUGUGGAGGUGAUCGAUUAUGUAUUGCAAAAGUUGGACGGGGACGAGACCAAGUUGGGUAGCGGAGAAGGCAUGGUCGAGGUGACGGUUAUUGCGAGGCAUGACAAGUGGAUUAUGCCGAGAGGGGUUCUGCUGAGCAGCAUCGCAAGCAUGCUCCCAGCUCAAUUGGGCUUCCUAUUUGAAAUCUUUCUCCGUCGCUUUUGGUACGGCUCUGAACUCCACGGCAUGACACCUAAACGUCCCUUCUACGCCUCGACACCCUGUCUAAACACCCGCUACCUAGACCUAAUCCGCAAUAACAAGAUUCGCUACAUCCGCGGAAAACUGGACACAUUUACAUCUACUGGAGUCAAAGUUACCGGCGUCGCCUGGGACAGUCAAACCAUGAUAUCACGACCUGCUGUAUUCCCUGAAGAGGGCGGCACCGCGGACGUGGAAGCUGACACGGUAUUUUUUGCAACCGGAUUCAAACACCCUGAUAGUGGCUUUGUCGACGAUGAGAUUUGGAAAGGGCCACAAGGAGGCGAGUUCCGCCCUCCCAAUCUCUUUUGUGUUGCGUUUCCACCAAAAUAUCCCACGAUGCUUUUCCUCAACGAUGCCUAUGUUGAUGCCGUCGCGACUGCGGGACACAUUCAUAUUGGUGUCCUAACACGACUUUUACUAACCUUCCUACUGGACCCCGCUACGCGCCCUACGCCUAUGGAGGCGGCCACAUGGGUUACAAAGCGUAAAGCAAAGUCUUCGGUGGAUGCCAAAAGCCGCAAAUGGGUUGGUGAGGAGGGUGUGAAGAGUAGGUUGUGGGGAGGAUAUAAUAGGUGGGAGGAGACUGGAUUGGCCUUUUAUUCAUAUGGUGAGCUGCUUUACUGGGUGGCGUCCACCGUCUUUUCCCGAACCAGCCGCUGGAAAUACGCAAUGUACAUUGCGGGCUGGAACCAUUCAAAAGUGGGGAAACUCGCUCGUAGCUUUGGAGAUCGGGCCGAUGGGAAGCACGGUGUUGAUGUGAAUGGCGACAUUGGUGCUCGGAAAAGCGACAUUGCAGUUGGGCGGUGAUGACCCGGAAACAGAUUUCUUGAUUAAUGGACGAGCGAGUACCUGGAUGUGAAAUAUGGUUUACGUAUUUGCCAGCAUUGCACGUGGCAAUAUUCACGAAUAUAUUUGACAAAUUGGCAUGA